UCGCGGCUGCGGCGGGCGGGGGGCACCGGGCCGGCGACCCCCGCGUCGCCGUCAUGGCGGACGAUGGCGGCGAGGAGAAGAAGCAGGUGGCCAAGUUCGAACUGGAGCGGGAGACGGAGCUGCGGUUCGAGGUGGAGGCGGCGCAGACAGUGCAGCUGGAGCUGCUGACCGGCAUGGCCGAGGUAUUCGGCACCGAGCUCACCCGCAACAAGAAGUUCACGUUCGACGCGGGCGCCAAGGUGGCCGUGUUCACGUGGCACGGCUGUACCGUGCAGCUCAGCGGCCGCACCGAGGUGGCCUACGUGUCGCGGGACACGCCAAUGCUGCUGUACCUGAACACGCACACGGCACUGGAGCAGAUGCGGCGCCAGGCCGAGCGGGAGGACGAGCGCGGGCCCCGCGUCAUGGUGGUGGGGCCCACCGACGUGGGCAAGACCACUGUGUGCCGCCUGCUGCUCAACUACGCCGUGCGCCUGGGCCGCCGGCCCACCUUCGUGGAGCUGGACGUGGGGCAGGGCUCGGUGUCCAUCCCCGGCACCAUGGGCGCGCUGUACAUCGAGCGUCCGGCCGACGUGGAGGAGGGCUUCUCCCUGCAGGCCCCCCUCGUCUACCACUUCGGCUCCACCACGCCCGGCACCAACAUCAAGCUCUACAACAAGAUCACGUCGUGCCUGGCCGAUGUCUUCAACCAGCGGUGCGAGGUGAACCGGCGGGCAUCGGUGAGCGGCUGCGUCAUCAACACCUGUGGCUGGGUCAAGAGCUCGGGCUACCAGGCGCUGGUGCACGCCGCCUCCGCCUUCGAGGUGGACGUGGUGGUGGUGCUGGACCAGGAGCGCCUCUACAAUGAGCUCAAGCGGGACCUGCCCCACUUUGUGCGCACCGUGCUGCUGCCCAAGUCUGGCGGCGUGGUGGAGCGCUCCAAGGACUUCCGCCGGGAAUGCCGUGACGAGCGCAUCCGCGAGUAUUUCUACGGCUUCCGCGGCUGCUUCUAUCCCCACGCCUUCGACGUCAAGUUCUCUGACGUCAAGAUCUACAAGGUGGGCGCGCCCACCAUCCCAGACUCGUGCCUGCCGCUGGGAAUGUCACAGGAGGACAACCAGCUGAAGCUGGUGCCAGUGACACCGGGGAGGGACAUGGUGCACCACCUGCUGAGUGUCAGCACUGCCGACAGCCCCGACGACAACAUCUCCGAGACCAGCGUGGCCGGUUUCAUCGUGGUCACCGGAGUGGACCUGGAACGCCAGGUCUUCACCGUGCUGUCCCCGGCUCCACGCCCCCUCCCCAAGAACUUCCUACUCAUCAUGGACAUUCGCUUCAUGGACCUCAAGUAGGGGAAGGGCGGGAUGUGCCCCCUACCUCCUCCUCAUUCCUGGUCCCCCUCCUCGUUCCCCAGUGUGGUGCGACCCUGGUGCAGCAUCCACCCUUUGGUUUUAUACUUUUUGUAUGGUUUGCUAUUAAAUCUGGAAGCCUUUGCCGCUGGUGAGCGUCUACUGAG